CCGCCCAGAGCUGGCAGCCAGAGCCAAUGGGAGGCGUGGGCAGAGCGGCCCCGCCCCCAAGGGCGCUGUGGGCUCCGGCCCCAGGGGCGUGAGCGCCAUUUUGGCUGGUGCUGGGCAGCGUCGUGGGAGCGCUGGAGCAGAGGCUGUGGUGUGCGCGGGCAGCGCUGCGGGACUCUGAGAGAGGAGCACACCUGGCACCUGGUGACCCCCGAUGUGAUUUCUCGGGACGAGGAAGAGUCAGGCAGCGGAUGGCAGGAGGAAGCAGGGUUCUGGCCUGCUGGCAAAGGGAGCCAGGCCUACAUUAGAGCCCUGCCUGUCUGCUGUACUCAUGGUGCUGGGCUUGGGAGCUGCUUGCUCCAAGCCCCAUCUCUGCUGCAUGGUCCUGGGCAGUACUGAGCCAUCCCUUGCAGGUAAGAGCAGUGACCUCGUCCCCCACUAGCAUGGCCUCACAGCAGGACCUAGACAAGAGCUGGGAGGAGAAGCAGCACCCAGGGAGUAAGAUGGAGCAGACCAAGUGCAACCUGAAGAAAGAGAAGAAAGAUUUCAAGACAGAGGAUGAUGAUGAGGGGAAUGAUGACUGUGAUGAUGUUGAGUAUGAGGAGAAUGUUCAGGGUGAAGAUGACCAAGAUGAGGAGGAGGAAUACGAGGAGGAGGAGGAUGGGUUGAUGUUAGCCCCCUCUGUGCCAGUCAAGCAGCUGCUUCAGUGCCCUGAGUGUGGGCAAAACUUCACACGGCGCUCCAGUCUCAUUGACCAUCACCGAAUCCACACGGGCGAGAAACCCUUCAGCUGUGCUGACUGUGGCAAAAGAUUCACAGUGCGCUUCAGUCUCAUUGCUCACCGCCGAAGCCACACGGGCGAGAAGCCCUUCAGCUGUGCUGACUGUGGCAAGACAUUUGCACAGCGCUGCCACCUCCUUAGACACCACCGAAUCCACACAGGCGAGAAGCCCUUCAGCUGUGCUGACUGUGGCAAAAGAUUCACACAGCACUCCAGUCUCAUUGCUCACCGUCGAAGCCACACGGGCGAGAAGCCCUUCAGCUGUGCUGACUGUGGCAAGAGAUUCACAGAGCGCUCUAGCCUCAUUGCUCACCACCGAAUCCACACUGGUGAGAAGCCCUUCAGCUGUGCUGACUGUGGCAAGACAUUCACUCAGCGCUCGAGCCUCAUUGUCCACCGCCGAACUCACACGGGUGAGAAGCCCUUCAUCUGUGCUGAGUGUGGUGAGAGCUUCACAGUGAGCUCAACCCUCAUGAAACACCGUCGAACUCACAGGGGCCAGAAGCCCUUCAGCUGUGCUGACUGUGGUGAGAGCUUCACAGUGCGCUCAGACCUCAUUAUCCACCACCGAAUCCACUCCGGAGAGAGGCCUUUCAGCUGUGCUGACUGCAGCAAGAGUUUCGCUCGCAAGUCUGCCCUCACCCUGCACCGCAGUGUGCACACCACUGAGAAGUCCUUCAGCUGCAGGGACUGCGGCAAGAGCUUCAAGUACAGCUCCACUCUCAACAUCCACCGACGCAUGCACACCAGAGAGCACCUGUACCCCUGUGCAGAGUGCGGCAAGAGCUUCACCAAGAGCUCACAUUUCAUCCAGCACAGACUCAUCCACAGCGGUGAGAAACCCUACAGCUGCUCUGACUGUGGCAGAAGCUUCAACCACAGCUCUGCCCUCACCAAGCACCGCCGUGUCCAUAGAGAUGAGAAGCCCUUCACCUGCUCUGACUGUGGCAAGAGCUUUGCCAGCAGAGACAGUCUCACUUCCCACCAAUGCACCCACACUGGUGACCAACCCACGCUGCAGGGUAAGCACAACUAGCCCCACCCUGGGUCUGUUUGGGUAAUUGUACCCCCAGCCCGAGAAGGCCUUUCCAACAGAUUGAACCAAAAUUGCCCAUUUUCCAGCUGCAUUUCUCAGAGGCUGGGGGCUCCAGCAGGAACAAACACCUCCUGCCCUGCUGAGCACCACUUAGUGCUGCUGAGAAUCAUUGCAGUGCUGAGUCAGCACAGCCAGAGCUGCCGUUGGAACAGUGCUGAGCUGUGCAGGGAUUUGUCUGGUUCUUCCCCUAUUCUUAGUGUCUCCCUGUGGUUAAAACUCCCUCUGCCCCGUGCCCAGGUGUGUCAAUAAAAGCCCACAGUGACCCAAA